UGUAAAUGCGGGCCUGAAUCCCUCUUCAACCUUCUGCUUUCUGGAGGGGCACCUUCAACCAGGUCCGCGGUGCACUGGCAGCGGCUGUCUUAGUUGUAAAGAAUAACUGGAAACAAGACUUUUAGACAGACACAAUGUCGUUCCUCACUGUCACCAGGCUAGCGCCCAAACUACUUAAUUCAAAGAAUGCCUCUUUCCUAUUUGUGGCUGCCAGAAAUGCCAGCGCAUCAACAACAAAUCUGAAGGAUGUCCUCUCAGACCUCAUUCCUAAAGAACAGACCAGGAUCAAGAACUUCAAACAACAGUAUGGGAAAACCAACAUAGGGCAGAUUACUGUAGACAUGGUAAGUGGCGGAGAUUUUUGCACACGUUUAGGCAUCCGCUUCAGGGGCUACAGUAUUCCAGAGUGUCAGAAGCUGCUGCCUAAAGCUCCAGGAGGUGAGGAGCCACUGCCCGAGGGUCUUUUCUGGCUGCUGGUCACAGGACAGAUCCCAACUGAGGAGCAGGUGAGUCGAUGCAAGAAGUUAUUGUCUUGUAGUGAUCAUGAAGGAGGCAAUGUCAGUGCUCACACUAGCCACCUAGUGGGGAGUGCCCUGUCUGACCCCUACCUGUCCUUCAGCGCUGCCAUGAAUGGUUUGGCCGGUCCUCUCCAUGGCCUGGCCAAUCAGGAGGUACUGGUGUGGCUGACUGCUCUGCAGAAGGAGUUGGGAGGAGAGGUGUCUGAUGAGAGGAUGAGGGAUUAUAUCUGGAACACACUCAAGUCUGGAAGGGUGGUUCCAGGUUAUGGCCAUGCUGUCCUAAGGAAGACUGAUCCACGUUAUACCUGCCAGCGCGAGUUUGCCCUGAAGCAUCUGCCCAGUGACCCCAUGUUCAAGAUGGUUGCCCAGCUUUACAAGAUUGUACCCAAUGUGCUCCUGGAGCAGGGUAAGGCCAAGAACCCCUGGCCCAAUGUAGAUGCUCACAGUGGAGUGCUGCUGCAGUACUAUGGAAUGAGUGAAAUGAACUACUACACUGUGCUCUUCGGUGUGUCCCGUGCCCUCGGCGUGCUGGCCCAGCUGGUGUGGAGUAGAGCCCUGGGCUUCCCCCUGGAGCGCCCCAAGUCCAUGAGCACAGAUGGACUGAUGUCUUUGGUUGGAGCAAAGUCAGGCUGAAGCACCAACCUGAAAGUAGCUGUGGGUUAGUGUUAAGGGUGGGAGGAGGUGGAAACAUCAAAAAGCAGACAUAAGUUGACCCCUUGUCAUUUCCAACCCCAGGGAUUUAAUAGGAUUCAAAGAGACAGUAUUCUUUCAAUGCCAUUUCACAAAAAAAAGGGCCUUUUUAAAUUGUCAUAGCAUUAGUCUUCAAGUGUGUUUAGUUAAUCACUGACAGGCUUUCCAAUCAUGUCUCUCUAUCUAAAACAUGAGCAGAACAAACUUUAUAUAUGGCCACGGUAGGCUCAAACUACCUACCACUUUUAGGUCUGCUAGCAUUGCUAAGAUUUCCCCUGAGCGGUGCUUCUCAUUGGACACUGGGUCUAAACUAAGAAUAGGUAGUGGCAUUCAAAGGGAAUUGUGGGAGUGAACUGCACUUCCUUUGUAUGUAAGCUUCUACAUUUAAAAAUCUGACUAAAUCUUUUUGGCCAAUACAGUGACGUGUUGUAGAGGAUACUUCCAAGCAAAAUGCAGUUUGUCACACAGCUCUAAUUUUAGUUUUUCGUCUAUGCAACGUUGUCAUCCCACCCAGUUGAUCAAUGCGUUUCACUCCCACUUAUGAACACUCCAGUGUAACAAAGAAAAAAAAAAAAAAAAAAAGGUCCUCACUAGUAAAAAUCCUAGAAAGCCGUUUAAGAAAAAAUAUUCGUUUAAAGACACUGCCCCUUUAAAUCUCUGGUCUCCCCCUUUUUUUUCUUCUCUAACUUGUAGUUUUUUCUAGAUGACCUGUAAUACCUCUAUGAUCAAAAUAACAGUCUUUAUUAAAAUUUGAUUCCUUGGUCUUAUUUUCCUCAAAGUAAUUUCCUAUUUUUUUAAUGGGUUUCUUAUAUAAGAAUGCCUGAGAAUCAGGACUAAUGAAGGUAACUGAUACAGAUUUGAGCAAAGGGUGUUGUAACUGGCAACCUGCAGGGAAUCCUUAAGAGCAAGCUUGAAUAAAAACAGGAUGGGAGGGGGGGCUUUGUAGAGUUUUGUUUUGUUUUUAAGUCUUCUUUUAUUUGACUGUAUGUUCAUUUCUUUAUCCCAGCAGCAGAGCACUUCAAAUGACAAUUAUAAAGUUAUGAAGUAUUUGAUUGGAUUUCCUAAAUUGUAACAGUAGAAAAUCUCCCCCUUUUUUUCUUUCUUUUGGUGUUGAAUGAUGUAUGAAAAUAUAUUUGGGUUUGAAUUUUGUUGUGGUUUUAUUUAUACUCUGUGUACAUAGGUAUAUAUAUGUAUAGCAUUAAUGUAUGAGCUGUAAGCAUUCACUUGCUGCUUAUAACCACAAUGAGCACCACAGUUUACCAGCAGAGUAGUCGUGUCCACUAUAUGUCCAGUCUCGCUGGUCACUGUGAAUAUCUGACAAUGAACAAAAAAAAAAACUGCAGCUAUCUUCUGUAUAUACAGUUUAUUCCCAAGCUCUGUUUCCUCAGCUGGUGCUGUAUUUCAGGUAUUUCACUUGAAUGUGUCAAGCUUGCUCUUAAGUUCUGGGUUUCUCAACACUCCAUUUUUGUCUAGUUAGAGUUCUUGCGUAUUUCCUCCUAAGAAUACUCUUUAACGUGUUCGUUCCGAUACUUGAUUCUCUCUGCUCUGCUCUUCUGGCUUUUUCGGGCACGUGUUUUGUGUUUUAUUGUAGCGUUCUUCCAUGUGGCAGGUUGUUCAACAGAUGUGGUUAUUUUGAUCGUAGAGGAGCUUAUGGGUUGUAACUGGGAGGAAUCAUUAGAGAAACACUUGGGGCGGGGGGACAGGGCUGGGUGGGUCAAAUGGGCAAGAAAAGCUUGAAACAACUAUUGGAAAACCUUAGAAAAAAAAAAAGAAAAAUAAAGGUUUUUAUUAACACUU